AACGUUAACCCAACCCAGUCGAUGUGAUUAUGCGACUCCGUCACUUGUCUACUUCACCAAAUCUUCUCGCAGGUCGCAGCGACGUAGCCCCCGGUGUUCUCCCGAGACGGUGCUCCUAAUAGCUUAUCACUUGUUGCUUCAAAUCCGUUUACUCUGAUUCGUUAUUUGCGAGGGCUAACGACGGUUUCUGAUCUCCCUUUGUUUUUCUUCCAUCUAUCAGGUCAAAGUUCUAGCAUUCCUAAUACAGGAUGGUUAAUGCUACUAAAGGACUCUUCAUUUCCUGUGACAUACCCAUGGCACAGUUCAUUAUCAGCCUGAAUGCUUCUCUACCGGCUUCCCAGAGGUUCAUUAUACACAUCUUGGAUAGCACUCACCUCUUUGUUCAACCCCAGGUGGCUGUAAUGAUCCGGAGUGCUAUUUCCGAGUUCAGGGACCAAAAUUCCUAUGAGAAACCUGCUUAACCAUAUUUUGUUUCCCGGAACAGCUAAGUGACAGCAUCAGUACUCGCUCGAGCUCAAUGUAAGGGUUAGCAAUGAUAUAAACAAAUGUAUAUCUGUACCUGUGGUCAAGCUUAUAUUUUGUUUUUCAACUUUCAUGUGGGUGAGUAACGAGUGGCCACCCACAGUAUGCAACGGGUGGUAUUAAUUUUAUCUGGCGCAAAUUGGGCACUCUUUCUGAAA